AUGCUCAUAUUCACCAAUGUUACUUGGUUGGACCUAUGUCUUGCUAGUGCCGGAGUGUAUCUGGUCAUGCAGGCAUUCAGCAAGAAGAACCCUGCACCAUAUCCCCCUGGACCUCCGGGGUGGCCUCUCAUUGGGAACAUCGCAGACAUGCCUCACAACAAGGCCUGGCUCACCUUUGCGAAGUGGGGCAAAAAAUAUGGCGACAUCUUGCAUGUCGAAGUUCUGGGUCGGCACAUCAUUGUACUGAAUUCCGUCAAGGCAGCGAUUGAUUUGCUAGAUAAGAAAGGAUCCAUCUACUCUGACCGUCCAGUCUUACAAUGGCUGGUGAACUUGUUGGCUGGAAGUACGGUUUGGGUUUUCUCUCUUAUGGUGACCGUUUCCGCUAUUACCGCAAGAACAUACACCGUGUCAUCGGCAGUUCGCACUGUUAUGAAUGUAUAUGAACCAAUGGAGGAGAUCGAGGUUCGCCGAUUCCUGAAGCGCGUGUUUGCACAACCCGAGCAACUGCAAGCACAUAUCCGACACACUGCUGGCGCUAUCAUUUUGCGAAUCUCUUAUGGAUAUGAAGUGAAGGAUAACAAUGAUCCCUUCGUCGACCUUGCAGACCGCGCAAUGGACCAAUUCUCGCAGUCCAUCGAACUUGGCGCCCUUCAUGUGGCCAAUGUUCCCGAGUGGUUUCCUGGUGCUGGAUUCAAGUGCCUGGCCCGUGAAUGGCGCCAGACCGUCAAAGAGACUGUUGAUGCACCAUACAAGUUCGCCAAGGAUCAGAUAGCUGCCGGAAUUGCCCCAAUGUCUUACACCUCGAAUCUGUUGAAAGGUCGCACUUUGUCUGCGGAGGAGGAUCACAUGGUGAAAUGGUCUGCUGUUUCUUUAUACACUGGUGGUUCCGACACGACGGUUUCUACAAUCUAUUCUAUUUUCCUGGCGAUGACACUGUUCCCUGAUGUGCAGAAGAAAGCUCAGGCUGAAAUAGAUGCUGUUGUUGGCACCGAUCGUCUUCCCUCCUUCGCAGACCGCGACUCCCUCCCCUAUAUCGAGGCCCUUGUGAAGGAAUCCCUACGCUGGUUUGCUGUAGGCCCUAUUGGUAUCCCCCACUGCGUCUCUGAGGACGAUAUCUAUGACGGAUACCACAUUCCGAAAGGGUCCAUGAUCAUCCCUAACAUCUGGUUCAUGCUCAAUGACCCGCAUACAUAUACUAACCCCUCGCAAUUCAACCCUGAACGUUUCUUAGAUAAUGAUGGAAGGGGUCCCGAGCGCGACUCUCGCACGAUCUGCUUUGGCUUCGGUAGACGGAUCUGCCCUGGCAUUCACCUCGUUGACGCUUCCGUCUGGAUAUCUAUCGUGAUGUCGCUCGCUGUGUUUGAUAUUUCCAAGAUCGUCGAGAACGGCGUUGAGCACACCCUGAGCCAUCCCAAACCCUUCAAAUGCUCUAUCAAGCCUCGCUCUCCGAAAGCUAUUGCGCUCAUUCAGGAAAAUGUUAACCAUUAA